UUCCAGGAGCACCUGCAGGAGCUUCUGGCGGACCACCCGGGCGUCGACAGCGGCACCGUGUCCCGAACCCUGUCUCUGGCGCACACGCUGCUCACGCCGGAGUCGAGGUCGCUCGGGCUGCCUGACUUCCCCAUCGACAACCUCGGCACCCUCAUGCAUAUACUGGACAAGUUCCCCAGCGUCAACCCGGCUCGCUUGGUCAACAGACUCUACCCUUACCGCUCGUUCCUCACGCCGGAGACACAGAGGUCGGUGGAGGAGGUGUUCUCCACCUUCGGAGUUACGCCGCUCGAGGCCAGUGUCACAACUCCUGGUCGGAAUGAAGUCCGAGCAGUCACUCCUCAGGAAAAGCCACACUCAGCUAAUGUCACUCUCAAGGUUGAGAGUGCAGAAGUUACCACUCAGGUUACUGCAGGAAGCAGCUGGGACAGCACACCUCCCGCCUUUGUCUUGACUCCUUACCACCACGAAAUCCUCUCGGACAUGCUCCAAAGUCACAGCGUGGCAGACUUUUGCCUUAUUGGCCCUCGAGGCUGCGGGAAGUCGGCUCUCGUCAGCAAGAUGGUUCAUAUGCUUGGCUACCAGAGUGAACCCAUUCUCCUGUAUCAGGAUAUGACUUCACGUGACCUCGUGCAACAACGUGUGACAUCCCAUGACGGUGACACAGCAUGGCAGUUUUCUCCCCUAGUUACAUCCGCGUUAGAGGGGAAGCUCGCAAUCCUUGACGGAAUUCACAGACUGCACCACGGAACGCUGGCAGUUCUACAUAGACUGAUUCAUGACCGCGAGAUGCAGCUGUAUGAUGGGACUCGCCUACUGCAUCACGAGAAAUAUGAAGCGAUAAAAGAUAAGGAAGGAUUGUCAGACAGCGAUAUGCAAGACAAAGGUAUUCAUCCUAUCCACCCAUCCUUCCGUAUUGUAGCUCUCGCAGAACCACCCAUAGUUGGAGCUGCGCAGGGACAGUGGCUGACUCCAGAGGGCCUGACUCUCUUCCUUUACCAUACCAUGCGACCGCUCUCUCCUCAGGAAACCAUCAAUCUAGUCACAAAUUUGGUCGGAGAGUGCAAUCCCUCGGUGGAAAAACUCAUCCUCUUAGCAUCCAGGAUGUCCUUAUCGACAGAUCCAACGAUGAGAUCCCUUGCUGAGUCUUUGUCCCUGAGGCAGAUCAUUAGAAUUGCAAAAAGAUUCAAGGCUUAUCCUGCCUUCGAUAUGCAUUCUGCUGUUUAUAAAGCUUGUCUAGCAAGAUUCUUACCACCUUUAGCUAAACAGUCCUUAGACUCGAUUCUGGAGAAUUCAGAUAUUUUUAAGCCAAGUGGAGGCGAGAAAAGGGUCCUAAAUUGUGAGGUCAAGGAUGGUGUGUUGCGAAUUGGAGACACCCAUUGCAAGGUGUAUGAGCCAGAUACGAACACCAAGAUUCCAGAUACACUUUUCUUUGACAUUCAGCAGCAUGUUGUAGUACUGGAGAAUAUGUUGCAAGACUGGCUGCUAGGUGAUCAUCUGCUUCUGGUCGGCAACCAAGGCGUCGGGAAAAACAAGCUAGCAGACAGGUUCCUGUAUCUCCUGUCCCACCCUCGUGAAUACAUUCAGUUACACAGAGACACAACUGUGCAGAGUUUGACCAUACAGCCUUUGGUCAAAGAUGGACUAAUUCAGCAUGAGGAUUCCCCUCUGGUGGUGGCAGUUAAGACUGGCCGUGUCUUAGUGGUGGAUGAAGCAGAUAAGGCACCCACACAUGUUACUUGUGUGCUGAAGACUUUGGUGGAGAACGGAGAGAUGCUCUUGUCGGAUGGUCGACGUAUUGUCCCUGGAAAUCACCCACUUGCUUCUUCGAACUCGCCAAAUGUCAUUGUCUCUCACCCAGAUUUCCGCAUGAUUGUAUUAGCAAACCGACCUGGUUUCCCCUUCUUGGGAAAUGACUUCUUUGGAGCAUUAGGUGACCUCUUCAGCUGUCAUUCCAUUGACAAUCCCAGUGUAGAAUCAGAACUUGCUCUCCUUCGUGCCUACGGUCCUGAUGUGCCUGAAAAUUUGAUGAGGCGUUUAGUAGGUGCUUUUGGCGAACUACGAGAUUUGGCAGAUCAGGGAUUGAUUCAGUACCCGUAUUCAACAAGGGAGGUUGUCAACAUUAUCAAGCAUCUGCAGAAAUUCCCCGAUGAUGGUAUUGCCAGCGUUGUGCGCAAUGUCCUGGACUUCGACUCCUGGGCUGGAGAUGCCAAAGACACGCUAAUCAGGGUUAUGCAUCAGCAUGGAAUACCUGUUGGCACAUCUCCAAAUAAUGUGAACCUUGCCAAAAAAUUGCCACUUCCUGAGCCCAAGUUAGCCGCCACCUGGCAAAUAGUUCGCCAGCACCCUGGACAAAAGACGGGCUUAAUGCAGAUACCUGUGGAAUCGUCACCACUUAGGUUUAAGCACCAAGCCCAGCUGAGGUUCCACCAGCAGCCAGUGGACAUCACAGAAGCGAGGGCCGCCGUGUUCACCGAGCAGCAGAGCUUCUGGCCGCUCCCCGUCUACGAAACGGCCAUGAUCACCGACAUCGCCGUCACGCCCGCGCAGUCACAGGACCCCUUGGACGACAGAGUGCACGUCGCCACGGCCGCUCCUGCCGCCGUUUACUCCCUGGUGCCUCGCGGCGAUGACCCUCUGAGCUUUGUGUUACUCCACGACGUCCUCCCGAGGUUCCGCUCCUCGUACCAGGCUCGCUUGCGGCUCACGGAGGUGCCCCAUGGUAUCCUGAUGGUCCAUGAGGAGAGUACCAAUACCCUGCUGAGGCUUGAUACGCAUGCGGGUACUGUCUCGAAGCUGCAGACGGGUUCGAUGUUCGAGGCCGCUGCGGAGACGGUGCUGAAGCGGUUGGGGUCGGGUCAGGGGAGGGAAACGUUCUAUCGGAUGUGUAAGGACAAGGCGCAGGAAGGUCAGAUCGUGCUGUGGGAGGUGGGCGGCGGCAACGUUCUGUUCCUGGACUUGUUGGACGAGUCGCUCCACUCCCUGGCCCUGCCGCUGACCCUAUCGUCUUUCCAUAUGCUGAGCGCAGGGAAUCAGUGGCUGGCGGUGAAUAACGAUGGCACGAAGUGGCUGCUGAAGGGGGACAAGGAGGAUUCCUUCCCUCACCUCCUUCACCCCAUCGCGCAGUCGGACCUGGAAGAACCGGCCGGCAACGGCUACUUAUCGAGACUGUCUCACCUCGCACCGCGCAACCUGAGUGACUUCAUCUUGUCGACUGCCCUCGACCAGAAGAUCAGUGCUCCCAAUCGCCUAAUCGCUCCAGUGAAUUCAUUAGCCGCCGUUGCUGUCGGCUUCCCUGACCUCGACGCGAGUGAAAACGACGUCUACGUGUGGGAGCGCAAGCAGCAGUCGUCGAGAAGGCCUCACGUUACGGUAGACCCGGCAAGUGUUACAGUCGUGCUGGAUGAAGUCGGACAGAUUAUACGUGUCACAGACCAAGUCCCCAGCGAGGCCCUCCACAGCAACACAUCCCCCGCAGGAGCGGGCUGUUACCUAGAAGUGACGGACAUUGUUAACCACAGCCUGAGUUAUGUACCGGUGCCUCGCGCUUCGCAUUCGGCCCCCUACUGGACCUGGAACAUGUCCGCGAAAACGCCUCCCCUACUCAUCGCCCGAACCAGCGCCCAGGGCAUCGCCUCGGUGGACUCCUCGGGCGUGGUGCGGCUCUGGCAGACAGGAAGCGCGGGUCUGGAGCGCGCCCUCGCUGAGUGGCGCAAGAUGAUCGGGGAGGACAGCAGCCCGCUCAGACUCGACGUCGAGCGGAUAAGCGGCCUGGACGUGAGCUCUCCCAAGCACGGGAAGGAAGACCCGGAAAACGAGCCGCACGUCGGAGGAAACCAGUGGGCGGGCGGCACUGGAGGGCGGGACACAGCCGGCCUCGGAGGCAUGGGCGGCCCGUAUCGCCUGGACGCAGGUCAUGAUGUUUACCAAGUUCCCCAAGCUGAGAAGGACGCUGUACCCGAAGAAGUGCGAAGAGCCGCCCACGAAAUGGCCCAGAAGGCUUUCAAGGAACGCCUGAAGGAGAUCAAGAUGAGCGAGUACGACGCGUCGCUGUACGAGAAGCUGGCCGGAGGCGUGCAGGCGCAGGUGCGAUCGCUCCGGGGUAUCAUCAGCUCGCUCCAGGCCAGAGGAAAGGAGCGCCAGUGGAUACGGCACCGCACGUCAGGGGAACUCGACGACACCAAGCUGAUUGAGGGCCUGGCUGGCGAGAGGAACAUCUACCGCCAGCGUCGCGAGGAGGACCCGGAAAUCGGGGCCCCUCAGAGCCGCCCGAAGCAGCUCCGUCUGCUCGUGGACGUCUCGGGCUCCAUGUACCGCUUCAACGGACACGAUGGUCGCCUCGAACGCGAACUUGAAGCGACGCUGAUGGUCAUGGAAGCGUUCGAAGGCUUCGAAAAUAAAUUCCAGUACGAGAUUUACGGUCACUCCGGAGAAGACGUGGCGGUGCCCCUCGUAGAUAAGAACAGCGUCCCCCGCGACAACAAGCAGAGACUGGACGUGCUGAAGACAAUGCAGGCCCACUCCCAGUUCUGCCUCAGCGGCGACCACACCCUCGAAGCCGCGAGGGAAGCGGUCACGCAGAUAGCCAAGGAGGAGACCGACGAAAGCUUCGUAAUCUUGCUCUCGGACGCGAACUUGGAGCGCUACGGCAUCAGACCGCGAGAGCUGGCCAAUGCCCUCACGGCGGAACCCUCUGUACACACAUACGCGAUAUUCAUUGGUUCUCUGGGAGACCAGGCUGAGAGGCUGACGAAGGCCCUCCCCGCUGGCCAUUCGUUUGUCUGUAUGGACUUGAAGAAACUGCCGCAGAUCUUGCAACAAAUAUUUACCUCGGCAAUGCUUAAAUAGAGGCCGCAUGGACACCUGCAUAAUGUUAGAAAGUGAAAGAGAAUAUAAUUAUUUUGCUUUGUUAUUUUUGUAUCAUGUUUCCAUCGUAUGAUUCUGUUUGUGUGUGUUUGUUUGUUUGUCUGUGCGUGUACUUGCAUUCUGUGUAACUGUUAAGAUUGACAGACAAAACUAUCGUUGUAAAAUAGCCAUACAAAGUCGGGUAAGUUGUCGAAAAAAUAUUGCUAUUAAUCUCGAAUAUGUUCUCAUAUGAACCCACAAACGUAAUUGUUAUUGUCGAAAUAUUUAUUGUUCGAAGUCUUUUAUAUCCUUUAUUAAAAAUGUAUUAUCAUUUCGAUGCCUGUAUAUGGGCUUUGAAUCAGUGACCAUAGCUUGAUAUCUGUUUUUAGUAUGAAAGCUUUUUGUUUUUUGUUUUUUUCUUUUUGUUGAUAUGGCUUCUGUGUGUGUGCGUGUGCGUGUACGUGUGCGUGUGCGCGUGUGCGUGUGCGUGUGCGUGUGUGUUGGUGUGUUGGUAUGUCGGUGUGUCGUUGUAUACAUAUAUGUAUGUAUAUAUGUGUAUAUAUACAUGUUUUAUAGCUCUUGGCAAUAUAAAUACUUGGAAAGCAGGUAAAUAAAUUUUAGUUGUUAGUAAGACCAGUUUGUAUACAUAAUCUAGUUUAUGGAUUGUGUUUUAUGUAAUUUUAGGCUAUUGUAAGUUACGAAACUUACUGAAAUUAUGAUAAUUUUUAUUAUUAUUAUUUACAUGGUGCAAUGCUGUUACUUGUGUCUUAUGUGAUUUUUUUCUUCUUUUUGUUGCCUUUGUAAGUAAUUAGAUACAAGUAAAAUAUUUUUAUGUA